AUGUGGCUGGUUUAUUGUGUUUUCUGUGUCCAGGUAUGACAAGCUGCGAUUGUGAAAUGGGGCUAUGGCAGGACAGAAACGCGCUUGGUUAAAUAUAAAUGUCCAUGUCCUCUGUGUUCCCUCUGGCCAUGGGUGUGCAGGGAGCCUGAAAUGUGGCUUCAAAGUCUGGGUGUCCAUGGCACAGCUGGAACAGCCUGGCUGCAGCCAGUGCUGAUAACCAGUGGUCCCCAACCUAUGUUUAGAGGAGUUCUGACACGUAAUCAGGAAGAAGUGAUCUAUUCCUCUGAAGCAUUAGAUUUUGUUUCGUUUUGGCUGAGACUCAGCUGGGGCUGCAGUUGGUGAGGAGGAGUCCUGCCUUAUCAGAGGUUUUUCCCUCCCAGCUGGCUGCUGCUGAGAUAUUGCUGUCAUAUCUCUGUACUUGGGACAGCAGCAGCGUGUCAGACCGAGGACAUAUAAAGGGUUGUGAUCACACUGAGCUGCCUUUUGCCUCUCCAGCGUGAGCAGCAGUGCUGAGCCACACCUGAGGUGUGUUUCCAGCCCGAAUUCCCUGUGCUGCAAUGGCUUCAUGAGCUCGCACCGAUGACUGGCAGGUAUGCAGUGAGCUAGGACAAGGCCACUCACUCCAUGGCACCACCUCCCCACGGCAUCACCUUCUAGGAUCUUCCUGCCAUUAAUAUUGCCCCGCUCAAGCUGCAGCCGAAGAUGCCCACGGCCAACAGCCCGAAGGUGCCGCUGGGCAGCCUCCAGCAGCAGCUGGAGCUGCUCCUGGUCUGCUCCAAGUGCAGCGUGAAGGAGAACGAGAUCACCUACCACCCGCGGGAGGUGGAGCACAAGUGCAUGUACGAGAUCCUGCUGGCGCGCUGCCGCAGCCGCAGGAGCACAGCAUGGAGGAAAGUGUCCCGGCGACCCGGCUUCCCCAACCCGGCACGCUACGCCGUCUGCAGGUACUACGUCAUGGGGCUGGGCUGCAACAGGCACAAGAACCAGUGCACCUUCGCCUGGAGCGCGGAGGAGGCCAUGGUCUGGAACUUUGAGAGGGAACAUCAGCUGGAGCGGCGCUGGCUGAAGGCGGCGGUGCUGCAGGCGCAGCUGGGGGGCCACCCCGCUGCCACCCCCACUGCCAGUGCUGCCAGUGAGAUCACCAGUGAGUUCGGGGGGUACUUCCAAGAGAUCUGCAAGCGCUGCUUUUUCAGCUGCCCCCAGCGCAUCACAGUGGGUGGCCCUGGGUGGCUCUGUGAGUCCCACCGCACCUGGGACCCGCUCCUGGUGCACGUGGUGCUGGACAGCCAGAAGAAGCAGCAGUACACGGCCAUCCGGCCCUGCCCCGAGUUCAUGGAGACCCUCACCUACUGCCGGUUCAUGUCCCGGGGCCGGCCCUGCAGGCACGGCCCGCAGCGCUGCCAGUACGCGCACAGUGACGUGGAGAUGGCCGUCUGGGAGGCUGAGAGGGAGCACGGCUUGCUGCGCUCCGACCUGCUGCCAUCCGCGGGCGCCGGCAGCACCGACGGCAAGCCGGCAGCGCCCGCGCCCGUGCACUUCUACUGCUGCCUCUGCCUGGUGACCUGCGGCUCGCAGGAGAGCUUUGAGAACCACUGCUCCUCCAUCGAGCACGUGCAGAUGCUCUCGGCCGACAGCUCCAUGCAGUGGGUCCACCGCGCGCCGCCGCUCGGGCUGACCAAGUUCUCCCUGUGUAGCAGAGCGGAGGUGUGUGAAAUGGGGAACAGCUGCACCAAGGCUCAUUCCAAAGAGGAACUGCAGGAGUGGAUCCAGAGGGUGAAGGUUUCCGUGAAGAAAAAGAAGCAAGCCAUGAAGGAUGGGCUCUUGUCCUACCAGGACCGGCUCCUUGCUGAGUAUAGGAUGUGCUCCAACGAGGUGUUAAUUAUGGCUGAGCAUGUCGAGGGUGUCCAAGUAGUGUGUGAGCAGCCUCUGCAUGUGCAGCUGGAGGACAGGAAGAAGAAAUACCUAUGGCGGUUCAAGGUCCACUCUCAGAUGCGUCUGCAGCACGUGGCCCUGCUGAAGCGGAAGCCUGGAGUCAACUUCUACUUCUCGGGGAAUGGGCUUUCCCGGGGCCUGCAGUACCUUUGUGGGGAGCACGUGGCCACCGUGUCCUCCUCGCGCCACGCCGCACUGGUGGAGGUCAGCAUGGAGUGCUGCACCCUGGGCAUCUUUGAGCAGUGGGUGGUCUUCGACUUCGGCAAGCGCCCCGUCCUCAUGCAGAAGAUCAAGGUGAAGGUGGGCCGGCGGGAGACCCCCCAGCACGUCCCCAGCACCAGGGACAGCAGCCGCCCCGUCAACUUCGUGCGCUGGGAUCGGGGUAACCGGAUCAUCAUUCCCAGCAUGCCAAAGACUGAUGAAGAUGUGGUUCUGCUGGCAAAGUACAAACCUCCUGCUCUGGCACUGGAUUUCCAAAGUGAGAGUAGUGCAGUCAUUACCAUCACCCGCCUCAACUAUCGGGAGAGGAUGCACAGCUUCCUCUUCCGUGAGGAAGAAGCUGAGCAGGCUCUGAUUGCCAAACUCAACCUGCGUGUGCUCAUCUCACUGACCCCCAUGCUGCAGAGCCUCUCCAUGGGGGCGAAGUUUGCUCUCUCUGGGGAGCUGUUUGCUGAAGUGCCUACCCCCUACAACCUCUCCCCGGACACGGAUGAGGGGUACCUGCUGAGCAGGUCUGUGCCCACCGCCUUCCUGGCGCUUGACCCACCUGUGAACAAUCGGGUUUAUGAAGUUUUUGUGGAGCAUAAAGCCACCACGGAGAAGACCAUCUGGCUACAGAUACCUAGCAGAUGCUGCUCGGAGCUGAAUUUCAAGGCAAACACCUCCCACAAGGUGGAGAUCCAGUUCCAAAUAGACCAGCUGCUGUUCCGGCAGUGGCACCAGGCUGUGGACAACCUGUUGGAUGAGAAACUGGUCCUGCCAGAUGUUGCCAGUUGUUCCAUCCCCUACUCUCUUGGGUCACCACAGAGAGGCAAUAGCAAGCAGAAAAAAGCCAUCUCCUUCAUCACAGGCCAGACGACCACCAGCCGGCAGGUGCCACCUCUGCUCAUCUAUGGGCCUUUCGGCACAGGGAAGACAUUCACCUUGGCCAUGGCCACCCUGGAGAUCCUCAGGCAGCCCAAUGCACGGGUGCUCAUCUGCACCCACACAAACAGCGCUGCUGACAUUUACAUCCGGGAGUAUUUUCACAACUACGUGACCACGGGGCAUCCAUGGGCUGUUCCCCUGCGGAUCAUCUCCCCCGACCGGUCCAUCAACAUGACGGACCCCAUCACCCAGAUGUACUGCUGCCUCUCGCCAGACCAGCGCUCCUUCCGCCACCCCACGCAGGCCGAGAUUGAUAAGCACCACAUCAUUAUCACCACCUCCAUGCUAUCCAAGGACCUGAAGGUCCCCCGGGGCUACUUCACCCACAUCAUGAUCGACGAGGCUGCGCAGAUGCUGGAGUGCGAAGCUUUGGUUCCGCUCUCCUACGCCACUUCUGACACCCGCAUUGUCCUGGCUGGGGACCACAUGCAGAUAACCCCAAAGCUGUUCAGUGUUGGGAGUGGGCAAUCUGCUGAUCACACCCUCUUGAACCGGCUCUUCCAGUUCUACCAGAGGGAGAGGCAUGAGGUGGCCAUGAAGAGCAGGAUCAUCUUCAAUGAGAAUUACCGAUCCACGGCCGGAAUUAUUGAGUUCAUCUCCAAGCACUUCUACAUCGGCAACGGCAAUGCUAUCCAAGCCAGUGGGAACAUCCCACCCCAUCCCGAAAUUUAUCCCCUUGUGUUCUGCCACGUGUCUGGUGUGGCUGAAAGGGAUAUCUCCAUGAUUUCUUGGCAAAAUGUCUCCGAGAUAAUACAAGUGAUUGAGAAAGUGAAGGAGAUCUACCAGAGGUGGCCAGAUGAGUGGGGUGUCCGGGACCUGAAGAAAAUCUGUGUGGUCUCCCAUGGGACGCAGGUUUCUGCAACAAGACAAGAGCUGAGGAAAAAUCAUCUACAAGAUGUGGUGGUGGAAAACUACGAAAAUUUGCCAGGGCGUGAGUUUCGAGUCAUAAUCAUCAGCACAGUCCACACCAGCGAGAGCCUGCAUGUCUCAGCCUCCCACCACCUCGAGUUCUUCAACGAGGCCAGAGUGCUCAACACCAUCAUGACCCGGGCUCAGUCGCUGGUGGCUGUGGUGGGGGACGCCGUGGCCUUGUGCUCUCACGGCCAGUGCAGCAAAGUAUGGAAACGGUUCAUCCAGCAGUGCAUUGAUAAUGGGAGCAUCUUCCCAGAGAACCUGACAAUGGCUCAGAUCAAACAGGCUGCGUGUGACAAGGAGAGCUGGAGCAGGAGCCUGGAGGGGGACGAGGAAGACUGUGACACAGACUCCUUGAGCUCUGAGGGUGAGAGCAUGAAUCCUGAUGAUCCCAUCCUCCAGGAGCUCUUAGAUGAGAGCAAGAACAUGCUGGUGACAGUGUCUGAUGAAGGGCUGCUGAAUGUGAAGUCUGAGGCUUCAAACCAGUGGAAAGACAAGUGGGAGUAUGUCAGCUUCUCUUCUCAGAUGAUGCAGCAGUACCUGCAUAUGCACCCCCAAAUGUACAAGAGGUGCGAGCUGGUCAAAGAGGCGUUUGACAGAGCUUCUGCCUUCACCCUCAAUGACUCCCCUGCCAUGAACAUCCAGAUCAAAGGCAGAGUUAACUGUGGGACAGCCUUCACUGGGGACGAGGUGCUGGUGGAAAUCCUGCAGAACAGCACAGGCAACAGCAGCAGCCACCGCCCACAGGGGAGGGUGGUGGGCAUCCUGAAGCGUGCUGAGAGAGAACGGACCUUCAUCUGCAUGAUGGAUGAGUUUGAUCCCCGUGUGAUGAUACCCAUCGAUCCCACUGUCACCAAAAUAUUUGUCCCGGGGCUGAAGGAGAAACCCAAUGUCAUUCCCAUCCGCAGGCUUGUCAAUGGGAAGUACAAAGUGGUCAGCUGUGAGAAGAUCAGCCAGGAGACAAGGAGGUGCCAGUUCUUCUGUGUCCAGGUCAUCUCCUGGCGGGAAGGGUUUUACUACCCCUUGGGGAUAAUAACAGAGAUCCUGCAGGCAGCACUGAAUUUGGAAGAAGGUUUAAAGAUCCUUGCCUUGGAGUAUGGUUUGGAGAACAAAUACCCAGCUGCUGUCACCAGAGAGACAGCCAAAUACACCUCCAACAGCAACAUAAACCUCACCAAGGAAGCUCUGAAGGACUGUCGGAAUUACAUGACCUUCACUAUUGACCCCCAAGGCGCCAGGGAUUUGGACGAUGCUAUCAGCAUUAGGGAUCUUGGGCGUCACUAUGAGGUUGGGAUCCAUAUUGCAGAUGUGGCUGGCAUAAUUCCCAAAGGGAGUGCCUUGGACCUGGAAGCAAAGAAGCGAGGUGUGACCUACUAUGCUCCCAACCAGGAGCCUCUGUGCAUGUUCCCACCCAAAAUCAGCCAAGAUGUCUGCAGCCUCCUGCCGCAGAAGGAUCGACGGGUGAUCUCCCUGUUUGUCACCGUAGAGAAGGAGACUGAUCAGAUGUUAAAGGGAAUCUUCACCAUCUCCGUGAUCCGCUCAGACAGACAGCUGUCCUACGAAGAGGCAGAGCUCUGCAUUAAGAACUGCUACAGGGGAGCAGCAAAGGCCCUUCGUUUUGAUACCCUGGAGGACUGCAUAGCUGUGGCUUAUCACUUCUCCAGGAUCCAUCGGAAGUUUCGGCUGCAGGAGGACUGCUUCUAUGACCGGCUGGAUGAGGAGAGUUCCCCAGGUAACAGGGGGUCCCAUCAGAUGAUAGAGGAGUUAAUGAUCAUGUUCAAUAGUUUUGUGGCCGAGUUCCUCACCAAUCAGGAGGUGACCAGAAAUGUCACUCCUCUCCGGUGUCAGUGUGAGCCAAGCCUUACACAGCUGUCACACAUGAAAGAAAAGUACAGUCACAUCAUUCCUUUGUCCAUCCAUCUCUUACAUCACCUGGGAGAAAUGCCUCCUGGACAAGACUCCCCUAAAAAUGUGGAGUUCAGUCUUCUGGGCCCCAUCUGGGAGCACCUGCAGUCAGCUGCUAAUGCCCAUGACUUCCAGAAGAUGCUCGACCUCGUUGUCACUGAUGACAUCCACCCAAAGCUGGCCCCAGUGGUGCUGGAGUUCAGGAGGCUGCUCAGCCGCUCCUACUUCUGUCGCUCCAACUCCACUGUCCAGUCUAAGGCAGGCCAUUACUCCCUGCAUGUUGACUCCUACACCUGGGCCUCCUCUCCCAUCCGCCGGUACGUGGAUGUCGUGGUCCAGCGGCACCUGCAUUCUGUGCUCCGCAAGAAGCCCCUCAUCUAUUCUGCGGACGACAUUGAGUUUCUCUGUCACGACUUCAACAGGAAGAAUACCCAGGCGAUGACGUACGAGAAGAGAGCCCACUCCCUGCAGAUGGCCUGCCAGCUGAAAGACCAAGUCCUGCAGAAGAUUGCCUUUGUGGUGGAUAUCGAAGAGAUGAGCAGGUUUUUUAAAGCCCUGUUUCCCCUGAACAAUGAGAGUCUUCCGGAUCCCCAGAGAAUUAGUUACAGAUCCCUUCAGCUGAUAGAGCAGCCUGUGUUCAUCCAGCAGCGGAGCAGCAUCAGGCUGACCUGGAAGAGGAGGAUGUACUCUGCAGAGACAAAGGAGCAGAGCCUGCGGGAAGGACCCCUCUGCGACAAGAGCGUCACCCUCUUCCGCACCCAGACGUGGCAAGACGUGCUCACGGCUAUCAGGAACGAGGAGUUUGACAAGGCCGCGUCCCUCCUGCGGCAGAGCAAGGAGCUGUACCACCGGCACAUAGGCUGGGUGCGGAAAAGCUCCUGCUCCCACUACAUGGAGCUGUCCCUGGAGCUGAGCGCCGGUGACGCGCUGUGGUUCCAGCUCACCACCGACGUCAGCCGCGGCUUCCUGGUGCCCUUUGUGCAGCUGUGGUGUGUGACACCGGGGUUUGAGGUCUGCCUGCAGCACAUGGAGAAGCCAAUCGACUGCUUCUCGGCCUAUGCCACGCUGCCAUCCAAGGACAGGUACAAGAACCCGACGGAGUACAACAAGGUGUGGAUGCCCAUGAGUGCCAUGGAGUCUGCAUCGUGUGCCGUGGCCGAGAACGACUCGAUUGUCCUCCAUGAUAUUAAAAUAAAGUGGGCAAAGCAAAGGACAAGCAAAGGACAGCUGCAAGGGAGCUUUAUGCUGAACAAGAAGUGGUUGGAGGACUGCUCCAUUGAAGUGGACUUCUUCAACUGUUACCUGUGCAUUCGUUUAGGUGGGCUGAAGCUUCCCAAGAGCCCCCAGAAUGCUGAGGAAUGCCUUAGCCAUGGCCUCCAGAACCUGUCUUUGCUUGACAAUGGCAAAUUGGAGAACAAACUUGUGGUUGAUCCUGAUACCUACACCUGGGUGGCUCACGGGGUCACGGAGGAGUUCAGUGAUGAUGACAAGUUGGACAGGUCUGCUCAGCAGACUAUGAAUUUUUACGUCCACUAUAUGUCUAUGGAGACCAUCCCUGUGGAGGUCUCACAGGAUUCUGCCAGGUUCACGGUGGAACUCAUUCCAAAGAUGCUGCCAGACAUACGGAAAGAAAAAGCACUUUGGAAGCUCAAGUAUGCCUCUGAUCUUGCUAAAAGCAUCGCCCUUGGCCACGAACCUCCUCAAAAACUGACAAUAUCCAGAUUCCUGCAGCAAAAUUCCUUUGAUAUCCCUGGUAACAGCUGGAAACUUAACAAGAGUCAGAAACAGGCUGUUCUGGAUGCUCUAAAAAAAUCCUUCAUGCUCAUCCAAGGCCCACCAGGCACAGGGAAGACCGUUGUUGGAACUCACAUUGUCUACUGGUUCCAUAAAUUAAAUGAGGAGAGUGUUGAGAAGGACAAAACAGCAUGCUUGGAAGAUGAAAAGGACAAGAAGAGAAAGUGCAUCUUGUACUGUGGCCCAUCCAACAAGUCUGUUGAUGUUGUUGCUGAGAUGCUGCUGAAGGUGAAGAACCUGAAACCACUGAGGGUUUAUGGGGAGGCCAUUGAGACAAUGGAAUUCCCAUACCCAGGGAGCAACCGGAACAUCUCCCGUAAAUCCCUACGGGAUGCAAAGCCAAAACAUGAGCUCAGCAAAAUAAUCCUGCAUCAUCUCAUCCGGCGGGCGCCCAGCCCCUUCUGGGAGAAGAUCUGUCACUUUGACACUCGGGUGAGGAACAGAGAGGAGAUCACAGAAGCUGAAACAAAGGAGUACAAAAAUUGGUUGUCACAAGGUCGCUCGUAUCAGCUGGAGCGUCACGAUGUCAUCCUGUGCACCUGCUCUGUCUCAUCUGCCAACGCCCUGGAGCAGCUCAAUUUCAAGCAGAUAAUCAUUGAUGAGUGUGCCAUGUCCACAGAGCCCGAGACCCUCAUCCCCUUGGUCUGCCACCGCCGUGCUGAGAAGGUUGUUCUGCUGGGGGAUCACAAACAGCUGCGGCCAGUGGUUAACAACGAUGUCUGCAAGAGUCUUGGCAUGGAGAUGUCUCUGUUUGAGCGCUACCAGGGACAGGCGUGGAUGCUGGACACGCAGUACCGCAUGCACAAGAGCAUUUGUGAGUUCCCAUCCCAGGAGUUCUAUGAAAGGCGGCUGAAAACAAGUUCUCAGCUUGUUCAGAAGCCCAGCAUGCUCCACCACAGAGGUAACAACUGCUGCCCCAUCAUCUUUGGGCACGUGGAAGGGAAGGAGCACUCCCUCAUGAUUUCUACUGAGGAAGGAAACGAGAACUCCAAAGCUAACCUGGAGGAAGUGGCACACGCGGUGAGGAUUGCCAAGCAGCUGACACUAGAUGGCACCAUCCGGCCGGACAGCAUCGCCAUCCUCAGCCCCUACAGUGCCCAGGUGUCCGAGAUCAACAAGAGCCUCCAGAGGGAAGGCAUCCGUGGGGUGACCGUCUGCACCAUCAUGAAGAGUCAAGGAAGUGAAUGGAAAUACGUGAUCCUGUCAACUGUACGUUCCUGCCCCCGGUCUGAGAUCGAUAGGAAGCCCACAAAGAGCUGGCAGAAGAAAUACCUGGGGUUUAUUACCGACCCAAACCAGGUCAAUGUUGCCAUCACACGAGCUCAGGAAGGACUCUGCAUCAUAGGGAACCGGUACCUCCUGGAGUGCAACCCUUUGUGGAGGAGACUGCUCCAGCAUUACUACCAGCACAACAGCUACACUGCAGCCCAGGAGAUUCGAGUCAGGAGGACCUCAGCCAUCUCCCGGUGAGGAUAGGCCCCCUCUGCCUGAACUGCAUUAUGUGUGCCUUGGGAAGGACCAAAGCUUUCCAUUAUUCAAUGACCUACAGAGCCAAAUGCAGCAGGGGAUCUGGGAGCUUCCUGCACCAUGACAGCUUCAGCGUCUGCUUCAGCAUCUUGAGCUGUUUUUAAUCAGUGCAAUCUUGGGCAGGAACUUUCAAUUCUAGCAAACCAAAAAGGCAUUGGAGAUAGAUGAUGGGCAUGUGACUUUACUGAUGAUGAUACUAUUUUUGUAACUGUAAGUUGCUCAGCAGAACCCUCAUCCUACCUGCCACAGCAGCUGCAGUUUGGGGGGGGCAAAUAUUACUCCAGCUGCCAGGAUUGUACUUUGGGGAUCAAAUGCUCAGUCCUUUCAUCAGGGUGGAACGACUGCACGCAGUGGAGUGGCACAGUAAGCUGCUGUUUGCCAUGGAGGACCAAAGUUUCUGAGUACUGCCUUUCAUUUUAAAUCCAAGGACAGGAAAUUUAUAAGACUUCUUAUUUUUUACUUUUUUUUUUUUUUUUUUUAAGUGAAGGAGGAAAGCAACAAGAGAUGCAUGCACCACUCUUUGUCUAGCCAAAAUGUUCUCUAAGCAUGUAAAUAUCGCAACAGCAAGACCAAGGUGAUUUUGUAAAUAGAUUUAUGUGUUCUUUGUAUGAAGGAGAUUGUCCUCACCAGCAUAAAGGCAACGAAAAGCGGGGACCUCUCCUACCAGGAAAAGUUGGGAUUUGUCAGCCCAUUUUAAACUGUUCAGAAUUUUAUUUGAUAUCUCCUGUUGAUCCCCCCUCCUUUUCCUCCCCCACUUUUUUUAAAGCUGCUUUUAAUUUAUUAACUUUUAACUCCGUGAAUUUGUUUCACAGCCUUAUGGCCUGAGUUUUUAAGAGCAGUGAACGAGUGUAUGUGUAUAAUGUAUUUUUAUAUUUUCUGUAGCCAAACUGCUGUGAGCUGGAAGCUGUGGUUCAUCAGAGAGGCUACUUUCACCCAGUGACAUGUGGCUGGUAGAGAUGUAUUGUGGUGAAUGGUGCUCUCUGAGAAUCACAGAGCUGCUUUUGGAAGCAUGACAGUUUUGAGGGAGGGUGUCUUUUAUCUCAUUUCAAUUCUGAAUGUAUGAAGUGCCUGCCUCGGCUCUCCCCAAGCCACAUGCUUGGCUGUGCUUAGACUUUCAUGUGGGAUGGAGCUGAGAUGCAAUCACACAAGUUUUCCUUGUGGCAGGGAUCCCUGUGAUGUCCCAGCACUGUGGCAGGAGGAAUUUUGUCCUGUUUGCAACCGAAAUCCAGCGUGGCUCUUUCCUGUGUGGAGGAAUGGCAAUAGGAAAUCAUUGUAUCUGGAAAAGUCUCCAUUUAAUGCUGUGUUUCUUCUACUGAAUCUGUGUCAGACUUGAUUCCAGAACCUAUGGAGAGGUUUUGUUGUUCUCUUCCUAGUUUAAGCUACCUUCCUGCAGUCUGCCUUUGGGGGGUUUGAGCUGCAUGCCAAAGACCACCCAAGCUUGCUCUUGUCCUACCGAAGCAUAAGAGUGGGCAUAUGGCUGGCACUCCAUGAAGGAUAAAAACCCAUAGGAAGUAUCUCCUGCUGGUUCUAAAGAUGCUUGGUAAAAGCUGGUAAGGUGUAAAAUUCAUUGUUCCUAUUUGAAGUCAUCCUGCGUGGGAUCUUAAAAGAUUCUGCAGCAGCCUGAUUAGCAAAUAUUAUUGCAAUUCCAAAAUAAGAUUGUCUGGGGAUCAAUCUGUGGACUAUUGAAAUGCAAUCAUCUAACUCAGAUGCUAUGGAGAAUUGCAAAAAAUGCUGGAAUUGUUGGGAUAACGACUUUAGCACGGUGCCAGCUUCAUUUAACAAUGGAACUUUGGUUCCUUUAGAACCAGUGGGUCUCAUUUUCAUGAUCUCCUGUAAGUGAAGAGUUUCUCCCCUGGGUUUUGUGCUGAUUAUUUCAUACAGGUAACACAAAAAAGGAGACUCACCCCAGAUUUAGUGGCUUAGUCAGUGCCCCUGGGAGGGGAUUUGGCCAAGAGAGAGUCCUCAUGAAGCAGGUCCCUUUGUCCUUAGUGGGAAAAAAAGUGUUUAUUUCUACUCCAAGGAGGUAGAAUGAAAUGUUUUGCUUGAUCACUUCUGUGUUGCAAGACAAUAUACAUGUUAUUUUUAUUUUUUCCUCUGAGGAUGUAUUUUUAUAACUGGUGAUUAGGAAAUGCACCCAAGCAGCAGUUACAGCCAGGCUGGGCCCUAGGGCUGCUGGUGCUGUCAGCAGGUUCCUGGAGAGCUGGUCAUGCAAUAGUCAGGGAUAGCAGAAAGUGCAAUUAAACUUUUUAUAGACUGUAGUGACAGCUGAGUAUCAUGUUCUUGUCCUUAUGCUCAUGGAGAGAAUCAUAGAAAUCAAUAGAGGAAAGACAGUUCAAAUUAGUCUGGUUUCAUUUGCACGCAGAGUUUUGAAUUUACUUUUGGAAGAAUUUUAUGUUCAAGCAAUAUUCUUAAAAUACCAAACUUUUGGUAAUCCCAGUAGGAACACCCUGGCAGUGUGGUGCCCAGGGCAUCUGUCCAGUCACAGGCUCUGUGUUCUCCACAGACAAAGACAAAAGCACAUGGCUGCAGGACACAAAUGUCAGUUCAUCCAACAGCAUUAACUUAAUUUCCUCGGCACUAGCUAGAGCUGGAGCACAAAUUGAACAAGGGGAACCUGUGCAUGCAGCCAGUAGUGAGCCCAGCAUCAGGCUGGCUGGACUGUUUUUGAGGAUUUGGACAGAUCUGUGUAGGACAAUCAAUUUACUGCAAUAAAUUGUUGGGUUUUUUAAAACUAGAAAUGAAAUGUCAAGUGGCAUGAAGUCUGAAUUAAGGAACUUGAAAUGGGGCAGGUUUUUAUCUUUUGUAUGUCUGUGACUUGCAGCGAACCUCAAAUGACCUUUUGGAUACAAAUAUUUUUAUCUGCUUUGACUGUUCAUAAGAAUGAACCUCAACAUUCCUUUUUUGAUAUUUAAGCCAUAAUUGUAAAAAUGAUUUGAAUUUAUUUAAAUAAUAAAUUUUAUUAUGAAAAGGUCUA